CUAUAGGUGUACUUUUAAAAGUGAGUGGUCAACCAGGUGGCCAUCAUAAAUUCACUCCCAAAUGUUCGAGAAGAUAUUUUUUAAACACACUUGAUGAGAAUAGCAUCUUAAUCCAUUUAAUCUACAUAUAACGUCAAGCCAUAUGCGGGUUAGAUAAACGUUUAAAUUAAAGACAAUUAGUUUGAUCUGUCAGACAAAACAAGUGCGUCCCUUCUUCUGUCGCCCCUCGGCGCCGGCUGACGUCGGUUUGUUUGUCUACGUCAUUACGUUGCGUUGCGUCAGGAGUCGGGCUUCAAUCGCGCACUGACAGGGACCCACUUACACCAACAUGGCAUCCUUCUCCCCGUACCUGGCGGAGGCCAUGCACGUUCCGGGCCGGGACCGGGGCUUCUCCGAGUCCAUCAACCACAACAUGCAGGUCCCAGACCGCCUGGCCGUAGGGGGCGGCCAACCCAGCGCCCGGGGGCGUGAGGAGGAAGCAGAGUCCAGGAGGAGGUCCAAGGAGCCUCCGGCGUCCUACAACAUGCACAUCCCUGAUAGGCUGACGUACACAGAAGCCCCUGAUUUGAGUCCCAGGCCGCAGUUUACGUCGUCCAAGCCGGCAAACUCCACCCCGCUAACCCUGGAGACAUGCUGGGAACACCAGACCUACCGCGAGGGAGAGUUCUUCCACGGAGAACCCCUGCAUAGUCCGAUGAGGCGGUCGUACAGCGACCAGGGCCUCGGUAGGACGCCGCCCGGGACGCCAACUCACCUCAAACACGUCGGGGCGCUGCACGUGCACCUGGCCAGCCCUCCCCGACCCGGGGGGUCAGUCUGUCAGUACCCCGCGGUCCCCGGUCCUGCUAUGGAGGUACAGGCUCUGCCAGAGCCCCCCCCCGGCCUCCUGUCCCCUUACCCUCUGCUGCAGGGGGCCUGGCUGCUGGGCCAGCAGGCCUCACAGCGCCUCCUGCAGGCCGUCGGCCACAAGUACAGGUUUAAUUACCCAGAAACCCCAGCGCGGGUGAGGCCAGCGGCCGAGGCUUCAGGUCCGGUAAACAAGGGCGUGUCCAGGAAAAGAGCCACGGAGAGCUGGAGUCAGGACGACGAAGGCGGGGCCGUGGUGGAGUUCAUCGUCCUCAGGAGACAGGUCCUGAAGAUGAGCCGACGACUGGCCGGCCUGGAGCGGCAGAACACUGAGCGGAGGAACACGGAGGCGCUGCUCUUCUCCCUGCUGCUCUCGGCCUGUCUGCUCAACGGCUGGCUCUGGAUCCGCAGAUAACGCCCCGGAUGACGUAAAGACGACGCCCGGAUAACACCGCCGGUAGAGCCCCCUCUGACCUUAGGGUGAGACCGUGACAUCGUCCUCCCAUGAAAAGCCUCCUAGCCAGGCAGCUUCAAACCCAUGAAACCUGUGUCGUGUGUUCCUUCUAAGUUAUUACGACCGGCACGGGCACCAUGUCGAUUUAUAUAUCACGUUGAUAAGUACCGGAUCAGUGCUGUGGAAGUAUAUAUUUGAUGGCUGUGGAUAUGCUCCGGGGCUCUUCGGUCGUUUUCGAACCCUUCUGUUUGUUUGAUGUGCAGAAGAAAGUCUUCUCGCUAUAGCCGGUGGAACCGUUUUGGACGCAGAGGGCAGGUGUCUCCCCACCUUAAUCAUAUUUUUGUGUAUGUAUUCGUCCAUUAUGCAAUUUCUUUGUCCAUCAAUAUUUAAUACGGCCAGUCAAUUGGACUGGAAUUGUGUUACUGAAAAAAUACUGAACUAUUAUGAUUUGUAUUAUUAAUAUUACUAAACAAUUAUGACAUCUUUUCAUUCACUGCUGCAGAAGGACAAUCUAAAAUGUCAAAUUUGGUUCUGGUGCACUGCUGGGGAUAUUUCACUAAAAUUAAUCAAAAUCUCUAAUUAAAAUAACAUGUCAUUCAUGCUUACUACAUACAAUUAUGAGAUGGCAACAGGCUUUUUUUUCUGUGGAACCAAGUGCACGAAAUCUAUUAAUAUGUAUCUUUAUGAAGAUUUGCUCACAUUUUGCCAAGGCACGUGUGCCAUCCGUUCUAUUGAAGUGGAAGUUGAGGUGAUCAUUUUACGGUGUAAAUUAAAAGUUUGUGGCAGCUCUGCUUUGGUGGGGAAGUUGAGACUUUGGAACUGGAAGUUUCAAAGCAGGUUACAUCCUACGAGAUAAAUAGGACACUCCGAGGUGGCUUCCUGUUUCUCAGUGUCCCAGGAAUACACUUUGUGUUGGGAAGAGUCUAUUGGAAGACGCGCCAACCCAAUUCUGUCCCACGUUGUGUGCACGUGGGGUUUUUUGAAUUCCAACCAUCCACUGAUGAUCAAAACGUAUGAAUGGAUUGAGUUUAGGAAGUUGCUGUAUUUGCUCUGUUUAACAUUCAAUAAAUACGAUUUUCUAUCUAGUAACACUGUGUGCAGAUUGCCUUGUUUCCUUCCAAAUGUAUGCAUGCCCAUUCUAGAAUAUAAGCAUAAGAAUUGCUUUAAGAUAAGUUUGAGAAGUGUUGUCAGUUUCUAGAAGAGCAGAAGGAUGUUUUGUAAUGUUUCAUGGUUUUAUUUUACAAAAAACAAUACUAACCGUCCACGUUCUUUAUCAAACAAACAUUUGGAGUUUUUUUUUUAUUUUGGGAACUUGUCUGAAAUACAUUAUAAACCAACUAAAUAAACUAGGUCCAUAGUACAUUAAACUGGAUGAGAUGAACAUUAUAUGUAUAUAAAAUAACAAGGUGGACAAAAUUAUGAAUUGUUAAAAAAAACAAAAACAUUUACGGCAAAUGUGAUUGUACAACAAUAUAAAAACCAAGCCGCACGUGUGUGCAGACUCCAGGAUAUCUGCAGCAAGCGCUCGUAACGGUACAUGAUUCGGCCGUCCAACGGAACGUACUGCUGCAGCCGAAUACAUUUGCUCGACCACGGCCAUUUUCUUUAAACCACACAGAAUGCUGGGUCGCCUGGCCUAAAUCUGUAGGAAGAACAAUUUAACAUGUUUUGACCCAAGACUUGAUCGCUUUUCUUUCCUAAACCAAACGUAAAUUAGGACGGCGCGUACGGAACACAGGCGGAUGUAGUCAGUGCUUUGCAUUUAAAACAUUGUAAAAAAUUGCAUAGUGCAGAGAAACAUGAGGGCACCAGUUGUAGGAGUUCCCUUGAUGCGAGGCUUGGGCCUCGCUGGGGGUUUCUGUGUGAGAAGGCACUGGGUAAGACUGCGUAAGAUGUUCGGACCCGAGUUUUGUGGGACAGGUUCGGUUCAGAGGUGGGAAUAACACUACCAUACUUUACAUUGUCGUUGAUCGUUCCUGUUUAGAACGGUUUACUCCCAGCCAUCUGUGAAUGAAUCCAUCUCUUUUGCUGAUGACGACUAUCUCUAGGUCGAAUACUUGAUCAAAAAGGGGCAUAAUCAGGCUAAUUCAUGACAGGAGUUAGAGUCAGACAGGCAUGGACUGAUUGACAUGAAAAGCAUGUGAUUUUUGAAAUGUGUUUUCUACACCUGAAAUGUUUUGUUCGAUACAAAAUCUUGCAAGUUUGUCACCAGUUUGAACAAGGCAUAUUUGGCGACUAAACUAAUUUGAAGUGCACGUUUGACAAGUUCAUUUUCUGAAUAGAGUGACAGUCAAAAGUCACAUGACCGACAGGGAGAGAAGCCUCUUGAUGGGGCAGAAGGAGCAUAAACAUUUAGUCUGUAACCUUUGACACU